CAAAUUAAUUAUAUUUAAAAUGAUCACACACGCCCAAAGAGUAGUUAGACUUUAUCGUAAAUCAAUCAAAUCCAUCAGAGAUUACUCUGAAGAUUAUGAUAUGUUUUUACUCAGUGCUGGUGAUUUACGUUCUGCCGUUAAAGAAGGUGCAAAAGAAACCAACCCAUUCGUUGUUCAAAAAUUAGUUAAAGAUUUAGAAGACUUUUCAAUUUAUUGGGAACAUCCAGAUCCAUAUAUUCCAUGUGAUGCUGUUGGUGGUACCAAAUGGCAAAGAAAUACUCCACCAGCCAAAUAUGUUGUUGAUCCAACUAAUCACGUUUUAGAAAUUUAAAUAUAGAUAGAUAAAAGAUAUAUAAUAAUAAAAAGAAAAAUAAAAUGGAAAAAAAAAAUCAAGAAAAUAAAAUAAAACUUAAUAAAAAUAUAAAUUAACAGUGUUUUAAAUUUAUAUGUAC